UCUCCGUUGGGGAGCAGCGCCUCUGCUUGCAAAUGAGGUUGUGAUAGCGAAGCGUGCGGGCAGACCGGUCCGUCUUCGAGUUCGGCUCUUCGUUUCUUUCUGUUUCUUUAAUUUUUGAAGGUUUUUAUUUCGACCGUCUCGACUUCAAAUGGCAAUGGCGUGCAAUCUAUUACCCCCCGUCAAAACUGAAAAACAGAUUCUCGAAAACUCAAUGCCCGAAGACGACCCGAACAGCAACUCGGACACAUAUCAACCGAGCGACGCAGUCGACGGCCAGCUGAAGCCAAGGUGGGGCCCACACCACGCUGGCGCUCGAGAGCUGGCGGGACUUUACACCCGAGGAAAGCGCACACAGGAGACGGUGUGCAUUGCCGUGUGCCUUACAUUGAUGGGCUACAACCUGUUCCAGCUGACGAUGUACUUCCAGGCGUCUCGCUGGAGCACCAUCAUCGCCGCCGCACUGUGUGGCGUAGUAACAGCGGAUUUUCUUAGUGGCCUUGCCCACUGGGCUGCAGACACUUGGGGAAGUGUGGAGCUGCCUGUCAUUGGGAAGGCAUUUAUACGUCCUUUCCGAGAGCAUCACAUCGAUCCAACAUCAAUCACGCGGCAUGACUUCAUUGAGACCAAUGGGGACAACUUCAUGGUGCCCAUUCCAGUGUUGGCCAGCAUGGCCUGGGGCUUUGCCUCCAAGCCUCCACAGGCCAUCCUGGCCACGUACCACUGGAACUGCUUCCUCUUCCUUCUGGCCCUUUUCGUAGCAUUCACCAAUCAGAUUCACAAGUGGUCGCACACAUACUUUGGACUGCCACGGUGGGUGACGCUUCUUCAGGAGUGGCAUGUGGUGUUGCCAAGACAACAUCACCGAAUACACCAUGUGGCACCCCAUGAGACUUACUUUUGCAUCACUACUGGUUGGCUCAACUAUCCGCUGGAGAAACUCCACUUUUGGCCAGCCUUAGAAGCGGUCAUCUCUGCCCUUACAGGGCACAGUCUCAGCAGUCUUGUGGGUACUUGGCAGGCAGGUGUGCUGCCUCUUGUUUCAGAAGUUUCAGAAAGAGAGUGUGCCUGGGUGCAGGAUGAUACAGAUGCCAGGCAGUGUUGAACGUAUCUGAAUUGCUUUGGCUGUCCAAAAAGAAGAGCCAAAACCCGGCAUGAGGCUUAAUAUUUCAAAGAAUGAGGAACAUUAUUGAUGCGAUAGCUCACUCCCUCUUUUGAAGUUCAACAAAAAUCGGUCAGUAAGAUGUUUUCUUUGUGUGCUCUAGUUCAGGCUCUGCCGAAAGCUGAAGCCGUUUUCUUCUCUAGCUUCACAUUGCUGAAUGAUUCUCCUUUAUCUGGGCACAUAUUACCGGGCACAUUUUUGCUGUGUAAUAUUUCUUUCAAGCCAACUGUUGGACCAAGCCAUUGGUUGGGUUAUUAAAUUGUGAUAAUAACUCAGUCAGAAAUAACCCUAACCUAAUUAGCACUGUUCCCUGUGUCCCUUUCAUCUUGUGUCCUCGUGUGUGUUCGCUAGAGCUUCAGUAUGCAGUAAUUUACUCCCAUUCCUUAAGUUUAAGAAAGCAGAACAAGGCAAGUUUUUUAUUUUACAGUUGGCGUAGUUGAACCAAAAAUUAAAGAAGCUAUGGAGCAAGUGACUGGUAUCAGUGCAAUGCAAGAAAUACAGGUUUAAACUUAACAUCAGGGAGUCAUGGACUCAUAAUUACCUACUUAAGUGUCAACAAGUUUUUUCUGUUGUCCGUUGUCACCGAUUUUACCUUAGUACUGUUCAGUAGGCUUGUGCGAGUAGUGAAUUUUGGGAUCGAAGCGAAUUCGAAGCAAAUAGUCAUUUUGGUUGAAUAAUUUCGAAUUGAAUUCGAAUAGUAUGUAUGACAUAUAAAAAAAGGGAAUAUUUGUCAUAACCUCACUAACCUUAUUUAUUUUGAAUUUAAAUAGGGGCUCUAUGCAAAUGCCUUUUUUUUUUUCGUUGAAAGGAAGUCGAAACAACUUUGAUUAGUAGUUUCGCUAGGAUCCGAGUAAUAACCUGUAAGAUACAUAACGUUUUAAAAUUUUACUUAAAUCAUAUAAACCAUCAUAACAAGCUCAAUAAAAUGAAGGAUUGAUUUGAGGGUAACAUGUUCCUUUAAAGGGGCCCUGCAACAUUUUUUCAGGUAUCCAUGGAGCCAGUGAACGUGCUUGUCGCCUCACAAAUUUACCGCCGCAAAGUUUCUAGAAUCAGUCCAGUACGAGCGGAGUUCCAGAAAUUUGUCGCAUGCUGCAGUUGCAUUCUCCAUUCUCGACCCGUCAAAAGAGCUAGAAGCUAAGUAGGGAAGGAUGGCACGGAAAAAGAAAAAAACGUCAUGGGCGCCUAGUGACCUUGAGCAUUUUUUCUUUCUCUUUUUUCUUCUAAUAUGAGGCCUUUCAAUGCGAUCCUGAACGUACUUGUGGACAAGCGGCGGCCUCACGCGGCGGUCCGAUAACGACGAGCGCGCCAUGAUCAAAUCAGCAAAUGACUGUGACCAGAGCCGUAUUUUCUUUCUUGGCUGUGACAAGUGAUUUUUGAGUUUGUAGUGUCCUUUGCAGAGGGAAGAGAGCAAUUUUUAGCUUUGAAAAUUCAUUGUGAAUUUCAGGCCACGUGCUGCGCUAUAAUACUUGCCUCGUGUGUUCUCGGUAGCCUCGACUACCGAUCGGCAGCGUUUUCUGACCAUGCUCAGUAAGUGUUGCAGGGCCCCUUUAAAUCUGAAGGGUGGCUUCGCGGCAAAGCAAAUUUCUCCUGAGUAGAUGUUUUCACGGUUUUGCAUUACCACAUUGCAGUGAAACAACCUUUACAGGCAGACUAAUGUUCAUUUAUUUGUUUAUUGCGAAUACUUCGAAAAUAUUCGAUAAUUUAAAUUCGAAUCGAAGCGAAUUCGAAUACUCACCUAUUUUUUCGAAUAUUCGAAUAUUCGCACAAGCCUACUGUUCAGCUUUCAUGCUACCAACAUGAAAGCUUACGCACAGUACUACAUAGAUUCCAGAAAUUAUUCGUAGAUUGAAUGUGUUCAUUCAGCUGAAACCCUGGGCAAUACAAGCAUGCUCUUCUGGGUCUUUUUAACAAUCCUAUUUAUUUGGGAAAACACUAACAAGGCAGUGAUAUCUAUAGUUAUGUGCAUCAUGGAUAAACUGGCAGGAGUUACAUUUUUAUGGCCGGAAUGUCUGAAAUUUAUCAUAUUGUUAUAUAUCACCUGGCGUACGUGUUUUUGUUGAAAUUGAGUUCAUAGACUUUAAACAGACAUGUCAGCAAACUAAAAGCCAAAUAAAGAGCUCAUUUUUGGCUCAAACCACACAGUGAAUUAUCACACCACUGUAUGAAGUGAAUUGAAAAAAAAAAGGCAUUUAGGAAAGAUUAUUUCUAUUUCUAGAUAAAAUAUAUACUUUGAUGCUUUUGGUUUGCCAUAACAUUUUGAAAUGCCCUUGUCUACACACUUUUGUGGUCAGAGCAUAUAAAGUUAUCUAUUGAAUAGUUAUAAAUUGCCAUGCAUGCGUGUCUUUGACAGCCAUUAAAUUUUUAUACAUCGAAGGGACACAUCAGUAAACUCAAAAUAGCAAAUGAUAAGAUCAUAGUUAGCUCGACCCUUGUAGUAAAUCCUCACACCAUAGUAAGAAGCACAUUGAAAUCAAAAGCAUUUGCUAGGAAAAAUUAUUUCUUAUUUCUAUUUCUCAUGGAAAUGUAUUCUUAUGUACUGGGUUUUUCAUAACAUCUUAAAAUGCCCUCAAAGACUGCUUUUUUAGGUGUGGCAAUAAGGCCAGUUUGGAGAAGUGGCCUUCCCUUAGUUAUUUAAAAAAGGUUUGCUGUGAAAAUUAGGCACUCAUUAUAAAGACCUCAUCAUUUUUCUUUGGAUGGGAUGUUGAGGUCCUCAGACAGACAUGGUGCCAUUAAUUUAGCUUUCACAAGUUGCAUGACAUUAAACACAAACACAAACAUGGCACAGAGGAGGAGUAAAAAGUGCACUUUCUCCAACCACCUCCUUGUUACACUUUCAGCAUUGAAUCUGCAGCAGCUCGCCGAUUUGUCUAUAAUAUUGUUCAGGAUUUUUGGACAGAAUUCUCAGCUAAAAUGUGCUUUCCAAAAGUCUCCUCGUAACCAGGCAUUUCAACUCCAAAUUUUUGUUCAUUGUAACAUAUGAAGGGUUCUCUUUGUCUAGCUGUUUAUCUUUAGAAAGGUGUCUAAUUCAUGAAACAAAACUAGUACUGCCAAAGUGCUUUGCAUUAGUUUUCAUAAGUAUGGAACUGACAUUUUGUUGCAGUUUCUUUUAUUUGGUUAAGUAUGGUUAUACUAUUACUGAAAUUGCCAUUGUGAAUUUGAUGCAUUUACAGGUAUUCUAAACAUUCUUAUGUAUAUUCUUUUCACUAUCUGUGCAUAUGUCAAUGUUUUAGUUUUUAUCGUUUUUUUAUGUAGCAAGACAUUGUUAAACAACUCAAAGAAAACUGCAUGUAUUGAAAACUAGUUGAAGUUAAAUAUCUCUGCAGCUGCUUAACUUCCGAUGAUGUUAAGCAGCUUUAUGAAACUCUACAUUGAUAAAGUUUCAGUAGAGAUGCCAUCUUUUUGCUGGCAAGAUACUAGCUUUUGUAGCUAUUUUUUAAACCUGCUUUACAUGCAGGGCUGUAUGUAUUAUAGGGAAAAAUUAUGAUAGUAUAAAUGGUUUACAUUGACUUGCCACGUAAGCUUUGACCACUUGCUAACACCCCAUUCGUGCUUUGCUCAUUCGAGCACUGUUGCAGAUAUUGUGCCAGUAAUGCAACCAUGAUGUGCCACUGUUAUUAUGCUUAUUGAGCAGAAAAAAAAAAAAGUUAACUUUGGUGCAGCUUUCAAGUGAAUGCAUGUUAGCUGAAGGAAAUUGGUGCAGAAGUGGUAUGGAAAUGUGGUUGUUUGGCGCAGAAGUGUUAUGGAAAUGUGGUGUCAAGAUUGGUUCAUAUGUGUGCCCACGAAAAAUCAGUGUAUGUAUCCGUGUGCGUGUGUGUGUGCGUGUGCGUGCGUGCGUGCGUGUGUGUGUGUGUGUGUGUGUGUGUGUGUGUGUGUGUGUGUGUGUGUGUGUGUGUGUGUGUGUGUGUGUGUGUGUGUGUGUGUGUGUGAAAUUGGUGCAGAAGUGGUAUGGAAAUGUGGUUGUUUGGCACAGAAGUGUUAUGGAAAUGUGGUGUCAAGAUUGGUUCAUAUGUGUGCCCACGAAAAAUCAGUGUAUGUAUCCAUGUGUGUGUAUGUGUGUGUGUGCAUGUGCGUGCUUGUGUGUGGGGGGGGGGGGGGGGGGGGGAACGUGCAUUCGUGCAACUGAUGUGAAACUGACUUGGCAACUAAAGGCUAUUAGCUUAUUUUUCUAUUACAAAAAUAUAAACUCUCUUUAUGAGUGAGCUAGGCUACACAAGCCAUAGAAAUUCCAUGAAUAAGAAAUAUUUUGAGUGUGUGUAUGUGUGUGUUUUUAGUAAAAGAAAGGAAAAAAAGUUUCUCAGGCUGCCUAGCAAUACUUUCAAAUUUGGCAAGUUUUCAAUUUUUUUCUUUAUUUGUAACAUUUUGCACAUAAUUACAAUAGAGUAAUUGCUACAGACUUGUUUUUCCUAUUGAUUGCACCAUUUAGUGAAGCCAAGCCAAGGUGUGGCACCCUUAUUCUUAAUUGUUCAAACACCCUAGAGUCUACUUGUGGGAGGUGUGAAACAGGGGGUGCUUUGUGCCUGCAUUUUUUUUUUUCUGUUAUAAUUGUGCAAAAGAAUGCCAUGUAUUUUGUGAGCUACUUUUGCAAGACACAUCGAAAUUGUGAUUUCAUGGCUUAACAAACGAGUAUUUGUUGUAAUUAUGUCUUAUGUGAUUUUUUGUAGCUUCAUUACUUUUAAAGCUGGUUUUAUAAACUUUAUAAUACUUGCAAACUUAUUUACUUGGUAAUACCUUGCAAGUUUACUUAUAUACUAGCUUUUCAUUCUCCCAUCAUGACGUGAUGGGAAUGCUGAUUCAACUUACAUUCAUGAAUUGCCAGUGAAGUGAACUUUAUUGAAGUAGCAGUUAUUUUAUUAAGUAGUGCCACCUGGCCAUUUUGAAGCAUGAACUUGUUUACUGUACACUUGCAUCUUCUUUUUUUUUUUUUUUUUUAAGAUGGUUUUAAAUGUACUUGUCUGUGGACCCAGGCUAGUCCCAUUGUACAUUGUUAGUUUGUAUAGGAACUGUGAGGACCAUCAUAUCAUCAACCUUGCAGUGUAUGUUUGGUCUUCAUGGCACUUAACAUGCAACAAGUGCAGGAAUCAUUAUUUUAACAUAGUGCAAGACAUUUUGUUAUUGUUCCCCGCAGUUGCUCACUGACCGGGGUUUGCCAAGCUGUUGUUGAGGUAAGAUGUGCUUUAACAAGGUUUUGCUCAAUGAAAACAUUACAAAUUCUACACUGUUGACAUUCUUGCAUAUUUGUUUCCAUAGGUUUUAGUUAAAAGACAAAAAGAAACAACAGUGUCCGCUGACAAAGAUAAUUUAUUCUUACACAAAAAAACACUUUUUCAGUAAGGUACAUUUGCAUAUACUUAUGAGCCAUGUUUUAUUGGCUUAUUGCUAUGACGUUGUAAUUUAAAGUGUGCCAGCAUUCUUAAAUAUAUUACUGAUGUUAGCACAGAGUUACUGGAAAAACUGUAAUUGUGUUCUGUUGGCCAUAAUCAAAGAUGCCCUACAUGUAUAUUAGUGCACUUUUUAACCAUAUGUCUUCAGCAUCUACACUAGCCUUCUUUUUAUGCUGAAGGUUUGAAUUGCAGUUAUUUGUUUUCACACAUCCUGACCUUGUUUGAAAGUGCCAUCACUGACCCCAGCAUGUCAAUUCUUUUCCACUUAUAUAGUUAAAUUUUGUUAUAAUGAAUACUUUUAUUACUAAUUAUUAGUCAUAGCAAGCUAAAUAUGAACUUUUGUUGGUCACGAAUCAUUUCAGCUACAUUCAUUCACUCUAUAAUCAAACUAGAAAUGCGGAGCUGCUACAGUAUUGUCAGAAACAAAAGAACAUGUGAGGCUGAAAAUUCAAAACGUAGUGUAAAAAGACAAAUAAAUGAACAAAACUGGACAAAGCUUCAAAUCAAUUGGUGCUCCCAGGAAUCAUAUUUGGGGACUGUGCUUCUGCCAGUGAUGACUUAGAUUUGGCACCCGAGCUGACUGAUCCGGAAAUUGUUAAUCAUCUAAGGUUGCCCGAGCAUACCAGCAGCAGUGACCGUGAAGAUGACUGUAAAAUUAGUGAACCACUCAUAAACACUGUGGACAUAACCAGGAUGAUGAGAAGUUACUCAAUUGGAGAAACUUCCAACGACCAAAACUGUGGCAGUAGAAAAGGGCAUCUCUUGUAUGGACAUUGGAAAACUUCAGUUUGCUUUCUGUGAAAAGCCACCAGGCAAAGAUUACAGUCUUCUUCAAUAAAUGAACACAGGCCUGUUUCACCAAAUGAACUUUGUUCGGUUGCAAGUUUAGGUUCUCAUUCUCCACUUUAUUUGAUAGUUCAAAAUGCUACAAACAGAGAGGAAGGAAUUAUCUUGCCUAUAGUGGGUUUGAAGCAAAGAAUAACACAUUAUCAUAUCUAGGAUAUUUGCACAAGCCUGGUUGCCAAUUCGCUAGAGCAGAUAUUUAUCUCUAGUGUUACAAAAAUAUGAAAUAGGGCAACAUAAUUUAUGGUUCUAAUGCUACUUCAUUGUAAUGGAGUUCGACUGCAUAAGCCUUGGACAAGCUGGGCUCGUCUAUAGUUACAUUGUCUUGCUGUCUGUGUACUCCGCUCAACUGGCAUAUAUGAUAGCCUGAGUGUUGGCAGUGUCAUGAAUUUUUGCAUGCCUCUCAUCCAAUAUGUUUGUAGAAAAAAUGGACUCUAUGCUACCAGUUAGCAUUUAAUAAGCAUUGCCCAUGCAAUGCACUCAUCUGUACUGUAAAGUGCACUCAUCUGUAUUGUAAGAAAAAAAGGAAAAGCCCGAGAAACCUCAGCCGUUAUUGAAUAUGUUAGCCUGUGUUUUACAGGGUGAAAAUUGUCGCUUGAAUAAUGAAGUAUUCUUACAGCAAGUUAUCUCAAGGGCAGUGAUAUAUAUGAUGGUUUGUCUCUCUUGUUUUGUCAUCAGUGCUAAUUGCUAUGUAUGUCGUAAAUUUUGACACUCUUCAUGUAACAGGAAGCUCAGCAAGUUUGUAAUGAUCUAUGGUUUGAAUGAAAAUUAGAAAAAAAUAUUCUUUUUUCUAUAGUUUUACUACUAUUAUUCUUUUAGAAAUGGCAUACCAACAAACCCAAAUGGUCAGAACUAUAGCUUAGACCUAUACUAUACAAAUAAAAAAUAAUCAGAAAGAUCACGAAAGGCAAAUUGCAGGAAGAAAAAAGGUUCUCUGUGGGGGCUCUGUGGAAGAAAUUGACCUGUGAGUCAUGGACACAUGGAUUCUCAACCAUGCUUAGAAAUGACAACAGUUCAUUAUAAAAUGUGUUUCCUUCAUUCCUCUUCUGUCUGUAUAUUUUUGCCCAUUCAGACGAUGAAUUUUUUUCUAGCAUUACCAAACUCCAAUCAAGUAAGGUUACUAUGAGGUACCUGUCUGAUCAAUUGGUUUAACAGUGGGCUCCACUAUCACAGAGUAAAGCGACACAUGUUACAACUUGAAGCACGAAACUUACUAAGAGCUGGAUUGCCUCAUGGCCUAGAUGCAUAACCUCUAGAUUAGAGAGCCACUGAGUAGGUGAUUUACAGGCUUGCGCAGUGCUUGCCUUGAUUUGUGGCUUGUGGUUGCAUACAUUGGCAGGAAGUUUGCUUAUUCGUGGUGACCAUCUUACAAGAAACUACUGUUUCUUCAAAGCUGUAAUUGGCUUGUAUUCAUGAACAAUAAGUCUUUCUAAUUUUUGAAACACCUAUUUACAUAAUGCCACAGGAAACAUGAACAUUACACUUGACUGAGAAGCUUGCCUUUUUGUACAUCUGCAAACUUUGUAACUAAAUUUUGCCUUAGGUGAGGUGUUGUGCCUGUGAGUUGGUAGCCGAAUCAACAGAAGUGAUAGUUUUAUGUCCACAGACACAUUACACAAGCUGGUCUUCAGUCUUUUUGAGUGGGUAGGGAUGGCAAAUGAGUGACUUUUGUGAUCUCUUUUUAUAACAUCCAUCAGUGUGUCGAGAUUGCAAAAAAAAAAAGAAAACAUUUGUCAAAAUGUGCACUAUUUUUCUACAUGCGCAUGCUUUCAUGCAGAGGUGUGCUUCAUUCAGUCACAGUGUCAUAGUGUAUUCAACCAUGUGUUUUCUGUAUAUGAUGAAAUGUGCUGCUGCGUGAAAAUGUCACCUCCAUUUUGCUAUGCAGCUUCUGUUACUAGGCUCGUGUUGGGGAUCAUUAUAGAAGCCCUUGGAGUAUAUUUAUCACUUACAGAGACUUUUUGAGAAAUGAGCUACAUAAACAACUAAAGUUCCAUCACAA